AUGGUGGAGAACAAGGCUCACAAUUAUGCAGUUGAUAUUUGGACAUUGGGUGUCCUCUGUUAUGAAUUUUUGUAUAGUGCCCCUCCAUUUGAGGCUGAGAGCCAAGCAGAUACAUUCAGAAAGUACCUGCUGAAGAUAGCACUUAUAAUUUCCGUCCAUCUCUUGAUGAUCGAAGAAUUAGCGAAGUUGAAGUAUACAUCUGAUGUAUUUUCUGGUAAGACACAGAGCCAACAUGCUAGAGAUGAUGGCAGUUUCAGCCGAGGGAGGGACAUUGUUCUUAAUGGUAUUGGAAGAAGGUAUCGUGAGUAGAAGAUUUGCAGGGACGAAAAAAAUAGAGAGAUCGGUAUUUGUAUUGGCGAUGUUUGAUGGUUGUGGUCGAAUCAGAUUCUGAAAAAUUCUCAUAAACUUCCACAUGCUAAAGCUAAUGGCGUGUGAGAGAGAGACUGAGAGAGAGCCAACUUGGUUUGAAUGAAGUGGGUUCGUG